AUGAUUCGGGAUAUAAGCUUUGAUUUAUUGUUGCUUGAGAAUCAAAUUCCGUUUUUCGUUCUUGAAGGCUUAUUUAUGCUAUCUAAUAUACUGCAUGUUGGAGAAAUUUCUAUUUUAAAGCUCGUCUACGAAUUAUUCAAAAAUAGAUGGGAUUUAUGGGUGACGGAUUAUAUUUUGGAGAUUCGUAAUUCUUCUUCUAAUGAGAUAAAACAUAUACUUGAUUUCAUAAGAAAGUGUCAAAAGCCAAUGGAGUUAUUGCAGCCACAUCAUCAGGACAUAAAAAUGCUAGUGAUACCAAGUAUAACAGAGCUCUACCAAGCUGGAGUUAAGUUUCGAGCGAGUUCAAGCAAAAAUAUAUUUGACAUAAAAUUUAGAAAUGGGAUUUUGGAAAUUCCUCGAUUUGGAAUAGGUGAUCGUACAGAAAGUUUAUUGAGAAAUCUACAAGCUUUUGAGCAAUGUAAUUGCUUAGAUAAUUAUGUUGGUGACUAUAUUGCACUGAUGGCUAAGCUUGUGAAUGGUUCAAAGGAUGUGGAAUUACUUGUCGAAAAUGGAAUUGCAGAAAAUGGGUUGCAGGGAAAUGAAGCCUUGGCAAUUCUUUUUCGUAAAAUUGACGAAGAAAAUAUUAUCUUCCCAAAUAAGUUCUAUUUUCUUAUUUUAAUUGACGAGUUGAAUGUCUAUUGCAAAACCUCUUGGCACAAAUGGAAGGCAAAUUUGAAACAGAAGUAUUUCAACACUCCGUGGGCUGGAAUUUCUGUUAUUGGAGCUGUUAUUCUACUUUUAAUUACUGUUAUACAAACAGUGUGUUCUUUACUGCAGGUUUAGGUGACAAAGGAGCAAAUUAACUAAAGCCAGAUGAAGCACAAGAGUAAGACAAUCCAACUUAGCCUUUGUGAGAGUAAUUAAUAAGUAAUUAUCCUUCUUUAGUUUGAAUAGAGUUAGUAAUACACAUUAGAAGACAUAAAUAUCAGUUGUGGUAUUUAUAAUGUUAAGUAUAAAUUUGGGGAGUUGUCUAAGUAAUAUAAUUAGCAUGCAUGUAUUGAAAAGGGAAUCAAAUUAUUAUGACUGAAAAUUAAACCUUUUGGUUUAUCUUUGAGUUCUAUAUAUCUUUGUUGUAUCACAUAA